AGUACAGACUACUGAGUGUACUGAGACUGAGAGGGAGAGAGGGGGGGAGAGAGAGAGAGAGAGAGGGAGAGAGAGAGGGAGUGUGUGUGUGUAUUAUAUAGAAACAAAACAGAGCAGCAAAAGACCAAAGAAGCUUCUCUUUCAUCUUCUUCACCAACACCGUAUCCUUUAAAUAAAUUUAAACCCAUAUAAUCUGAAACAAUUUAAGCUCUUGAUCUUUCUCUUUUUCUUAUUUUAAAUCCAUUUAAUGCUUUCUUCUGGGUCUUGGACUCUUGAAGUAUUUUCAUGUCUAUGUCACUGGAGCAUGAUUACAUAGGCUUAUCAGAGUCUGCUUCUUCAAUGGAAAGCUCUGACAAGUCUGCUGAGAGGGACAGAGGGACUGCUCUGAACCUCAAAGCCACUGAGCUGAGGCUGGGCUUGCCAGGCUCUGAGUCCCCAGACAGAGAUUGUGGUGGUGGGUUAGUGGAGGAUAAGACUGGGUACUCAGUAUGUGUGGUUAAAGGCUUGGUCUCUGGGGCCAAGAGGGGCUUCUCUGACGCCAUUGAUGGAGCUUCCGGGAAGUGGAUUUUCUCUGGGAGUGGUGGAUCUGAGGUUGAUAUGGGUAAAGGUGGUAACUUGCUCUCUCCCAGAGGUGUUAAUGGUGGGAAAGCUCUUGCUGGGUCUGAGUCUAACAACCAACCAACAAGUUUAGCUGUCUCAGCCGUGAAAGAUGGUGGACAACAGUCUCCAAAGCCAUUGCAUGAGAAGAAGCCCCAGGUUUCUGCUUCUGCUUCUGCAGCAAAGGCACAGGUUGUAGGAUGGCCACCAAUUCGUUCUUUCAGGAAGAAUUCAAUGGCUUCCGUUCCUCCGAGAAAUGAUGAUGAUGCAGAAGGCAAGAUGGGACCAGGGUGUCUUUACGUUAAAGUCAGCAUGGAUGGUGCACCAUACCUGAGGAAAGUCGAUCUCAAAACAUAUGGCAGCUAUGUGGAGUUAUCUUUGGCGCUGGAAAAGAUGUUUAGCUGCUUUACAAUUGGUCAAUGUGGCUCACAUGGAGUUUCAAGAGAUGGACUGAGCGAGAGCCGGUUAAUGGAUCUCCUAAAUGGUGCUGAAUAUGUCCUCACCUAUGAAGAUAAGGAUGGAGAUUGGAUGCUAGUUGGCGAUGUUCCGUGGGAAAUGUUCACUGACACAUGCAAGAGGAUGAGGAUCAUGAAGAGUUCAGAGGCUAUAGGGCUAGCCCCAAGGGCCAUGCAGAAGUGCAAAAAGAGUAAUUAGAGGCAUCAUCACCAUGAAUGGAUCAAAUACUCUAAGCAAAUGAUGUUGGAGGCAGCUGUUAUGAUCAAGGCGAAAGCACCGGAUGGUUCGCAAAAUUGGGCCCUCGCACUCUGUUCAUAUCAACUUAUGCUUCACAUUUAGUGUAACAAAAUAUGACAUUCUAGUAGGAAAUAUGGUACUGUAAAAUGAUCUAGUUUAAUUAGCCCUCUUCCCCUCUAUUGUAUUCUGAUAGUUGGCUGCUUAAAGCCAAUGCAUUAUGUAUCGUAAUGGUUUGUUUGCCAUGGCAAUUCUAUGUGGACCAUGAUCUCCAUAAAAGGAAUUAAUUGUAGUGUUGAAAUAGUA